AUGGUCCACUUGAGGGCCUCCGAAGUCCGCCAGCUGCUCCACAACAAAUUCGUGGUAGUCCUCGGGGACUCGGUUCAGAGGGCUGUGUACAAAGACCUGGUGCUCUUGCUGCAGAAAGACUGCCUGCUCACCACCAGCCAGCUCAAGGCCAAGGGGGAGGAGAGCUUCGAGCAGGACGAGCUGGUGUUGGGGGGCCAGCAGCUGCCCCUACACAACGGCACCCACUACCGCGAGGUGCGCCAGUUCCGCUCAGCGCACCACCUGGUGCGCUUCUACUUCCUCACGCGUGUCUACUCCGACUACCUCCAGGAGGUCUUGGAGCAGCUGCGCUCGGGCGAGCACGCCCCGGACCUGGUCAUCAUGAACUCCUGCCUCUGGGACCUCUCCCGGUACGGGCCGUCGGCGCUGGACAGCUACCUGCAGAACCUGGAGCGGCUGUUCGAGCACCUGGACCAGGUGCUGCCCGCGUCCUGCCUGGUGGUGUGGAACACGGCCCUGCCCGUGGCCGAGCACAUCACGGCCGGCGUCCUCCCGCCCAAGCACCAGGCCUGGUCCACGUCCCUGCGGACCCGGGUGCUAGAAGCCAACUUCUACAGCUCCUCGGCGGCGGGGAAGCGCCACUUCGACGUGUUGGACCUUCACUUCCACUUCCGCCACGCGCAUCAGUACCGGCAGCUGGACGGUGUCCACUGGAACCAGCGCGCGCACCGGCAGCUCACGCAGCUGCUGCUGGCCCACGUGGCCGACGCCUGGGGCGUGGACCUGCCCCAGCGCGACCCCGUGGGCAAGUGGAUCCACACGGAACCUGCCAGGGAGACAGCUGCCUGGGAAGGUGCCAGGGAGACGCCUGCCUGGGAAGGUGCCAGGGAGACGCCUGCCUGGGAAGGUGCCAGGGGGACGCCUGCCUGGGAAGGUGCCAGGGAGACGCCUGCCUGGGAAGGUGCCAGGGAAACGCCUGCCUGGGAAGGUGCCAGGGAGACACCUGCCUGGGAAGGUGCGAGGCAGCCCCCUGUCAGCCCCUACCCGCCGCCACCAGCGUUCCCCCAGCCCCUGCUCCCCGUACCCCCCUCUCCGCCCCGCCUGCCCUGGCCUCCCCUGGAGCCCUGCCCACCACCCCCCCGCCCCCCCAUGAUGCCCCCGUGGCUGUUUGGCUCCCAAGAGGCCUAUUCCGCUUUGGACUGCCCUUUCCCGCCCACUCCCACUCCGUUCUCGCCUGGUCAUUUCCACUCUGACACUCCCCUACCUGCCCAGCCCGGAUUCCCCUGGGAAAGCGACUUCGUAUUUGACCCCCGGCCUCCCACGGCCCCCUUCCCCCCACCCUGCCACCCUCCACCGCCUGUUCACAGGGGCUACCCCCGCCCCCAGCACCCCCGGGGCCCUUAUGCACAGUGGAGGCAGCGACCCAGGCCUUUCAAGAGAAAGUCCCAAGCUCACCCAGGGCCAAGACCUCAAUAA